CUCUUACAGAUGGUGAUGAUCCUCAAGCACAACCUAAACUAAACCAAAUCCAAGAUGAAGUUCCGAUUCGUAGUCAACAAAAACUCUGGUACACAGGUUCCGAUGACAAAGCAAAUCCCGAGUCACGAUCAAUAUAACCACAGGCAUAAAUGGAUUCUACCGCCUUUCCCUUCUUAUCAGUCGUGAGUGCCUAUUCUAGCUGCCUGCCUUCUAACUACCCUACUUCUCACCCACCAUGGACCUCCCUCGAUCCACCUCGAACGCGUCUCAGUCUUCACCGUCUGAGGUCUCAUCUGAGGAUCCUCUUGCACUACUGGCCAAGGAUGUGAAGCAGCAACCAUUCACCACCAACGAGAGCUUACAAAAGUCCUUGGAACGCCGUCAACGAGAACUUCGGCAAGAUCAAACUCGGGAUCAGUACCUCGUCUUCACGUCUGUUCCCCCGGCGCAAUCUUCCAGACUGAGUGAUGAUGGGUCGCGAACAAGCAAGUACAGUCGAUUUUUUUUCAAUGCAGAAACGGGAAUUUUGAUCGCGAAAGUCAUGCCGAAUCCUGCACACGAACUUGCAAUAAGAUCAUUUGAUUCGCUGAUUUCGCUCGAGCUGCGUGCGAUGAACGUCCAUCGUGACGUGAGGCCUUUCGGUUCGACAACAGUUACGGUUGGAAAUUGGAAAAAGGAGGCUGACUGCUGCUGGGCUCCGGCUUCGACAAAUGCAAGGCUGAGUUUUGUGGUGGAAGUAGGAUUGUCAGAAUCUGAGCGACAACUUGCUCUUGAUGCGCGCGGUUGGCUAGAGGCUUACUCCUCAUCUGUGGAACUUGUGGUUACGAUCAGCAUUAAAUGCGAAAAUCCCGAGAUCAUGGUGCACCGAUGGGAACUUGCUCCCCGAGGAUAUGUCGUCCUUACAAGGUCAUCCCCUCUUUCAGCGCGUCGUACUGCAUUCCUCAAAUUAUCUCGAACGAAUAACACGACUUCUGUUACCGGAGAGUCCUACAUGAAUGGCACAACUACGACUACUGCACAGCUGGAUCUACCCUUCGACAAGGUUGUUGGCCGUCCUCCUCACCAGCCCCUGGAGAGAGACUUAGUGAUACCCGAGCAAGAGCUGAGAAGUUUUGCCGAGGAUAUCUGGUGUGAGCAGAGUCUCCUAUAAGUCAUCUCGAUUCUGAUAUGUUCGUUGGCCACCAAGCGACAGGCCGCAUGGAAGACGAUGUUAUACUCACGAAGGACGUGUUGAUUCGAAAGAUUUCUGGGGAGGUUAACUUCGCAUCUACUGUAUCCGUAGGUCGAGCGGAAUUGAAGAGGGACUGUGAUGACUAAGGCCUUGGUAAAAAGGAAGCUGGAAAUAAUGGCGUUGAAUGUAGUCAGCCAUUUCUGGCGCCCGAUUUACCGUCGCUUAGCCUUGGGGUAUAAUAUACUCCGUACA